AUGCUUGACACUCUCCUGAACCUGGAAGAUGCGUAUUCUUCGCGCGAGGAGAUGCCCUUCUGGGCCACCAAGUUCUUGACGCCAACCUUCAUGGCCGUCGCCAUCCUCACCACCAUUUCUUCCCCAGGGCCCAUGCGCGUCACCGUCGGAAUGACAGCCUUUACCAGUCUAUGGCUGUACGUGCUCACCCACUGGGUAUCCGGUCCAGCUUUCUUCAUGGAUGCGAUCUUCAUGAUCUCCAUCACGGUGCGGUGGAUGCUCAUGUUCCUGACUGGAACUCCCGAAAUCGACUACUACCAGAACAGCAAGACCGCGACGAGGCUUGGCAGCACCAGCGCAGACGGAGGAACCCUACACGGCUCGGCGUUCCUGAAUAAAGUCAAAUGGAGCGUGGAAUUGUGGUCAUGUUGGCGCGGCCAGGGUUGGAAUUUCGCUGACCAGCAUCUCCGACGAGGCGCGGAGCAGACUCAGUCCCGGUGGGAAUACCUGGUUGCAAACGCAGGGAGAAUCCUUCUGAACCAGUACAUCUCCGAUGUGGUGCGGAAGUACGCAUUCUGCGCGUUCUGGCCGGCAAAAGUGGCAAGUGUGGAUUUCCGCGCAUUGCCCAUCCUUCACCAGCAUCUGCUCGUUGGGGCUCAAUUGGUUCGAGACAGCCUCAUGCUAGACAGCGAAUAUCGCAAGGCUUCCCUGCUCUUCGUCGGGCUGUAUCUGUCCACGCCGGAUCGCUGGCCCGGCCUCUUCGGCAGCCCGGCCGACCUAUUCACUGUACGGAAUUUCUGGGGGAGAGUCUGGCAUCAGAUGUUCCGGCACAUGUUCAUACGGUCUGGCGAGGUGGUGGCUAAAGCUCUCGGUUCGGAAAAGGGGUCUCUGGUCUAUAAGUAUACGAAGCUGUACGUGGGAUUCUUGGUAUCCGGAGUCCAACACUUCGCGUGUCCGCUGUUAAUUCCAUCUUUGCGCUAUGGCUGGGGAAUGUUUUGGCAGAUGCCAUCGUACGCGGCCAUCAUUACCCUGGAAGAUCUGAUCAAGCACUAUGGCAGGAAAGCUGGGAUUCAAGAUAACGGAUUUGUCAGAGGUCUAGGGUAUAUCUGGACGGUGUACUGGAUGACCUUGAUCUACGCCCUACCUGUUGGAUAUGUGUCGGACAUUGGGGGGUUUUCGGGGGGGUGCGCAGCCUAA